AUGUUCGUGGCAUACAAGUACAUUCGUCAAAAGACUAGCAAGUCCGGCGAAUCCUCGUCGCCAACGAAGCCCCAGAAUCCUCCUUGCUCUCACGUCGCGCGGCAAUCGCAAAUCGAACAUAUCCCUACUGGGGAUACCGGCGACGAAGUACCGUUGAGAGAGCUGAGGACUGGGUCAGUUCAGGGCCGAUAUGCUUCCCAUAGGUCUGCGCGCGGCGAUGGGAAGUGUCGACAAUGCGAAGAGCAGAGACGUCGCGAACGGAUCUAUAGCUGGAAAUUAAUCGGUGGACUCUGUUUGCCGUAUACGUUGGCGACAUUGGACUUGACUAUUGUGGCUACUGCUGUGCCUUCUAUUGCUUCGCAUUUUGACAAAUUCGACGAACUCAACUGGAUCAUCACAUCCUUCACCCUAACCUCAACAACCUUCAUCCCUGUAUUCGGCCAACUAGCCGACGUCUUCGGCCGUCAUGCCGUGCUGCAGCUAGCCCUGUUCCUGAUGCUGAUUGGGAGCGUGCUGUGUGCUGCCGCUCAGACAUGGGGUAUGUUGCUGCUGGGACGCGCGUUGCAGGGCGCCAGCUCAGCAGGCCUCAUGAAUAUAAUCAUGAUUAUUUUGGCGGAUCGAGUGUCGUUGAGGGUCACGGCGAAGAAUAAUUCGUUGUUUACGAUGGUCGGAGGGGUGGGGUAUGCGGUUGGGCCGGUUAUUGGGGGGUAUUUGACAGAUGUAAGAUGCUGGGUUGAAUGGCUGAGUGUUAGGAGUAUGGCUGACCAGGACAGGAUAAUUGGAGAUAUUGCUUUGUGA